AUUCCACAAUGACAGAGAGGUACUGUCUUGCACCAUGCAAAGUGGUAGUUGCAUGGAAUAGCCGAGAACGUGCUUUUUCCGUUGUAGGCGCUGCCUGAAAGGCUGUAUGCCACGUGCCGUAGGAACGUUUACCUAUUAUUUAGCCUUUCAGGGAGGACGGGAGACCUACUCGAUGCAACACAACAGCCGCCCCUACUGGACCAAGCGUGGGCGUCCAUCCGCGGUCACUUAGGUAUCGUUUGUAGAUUCCAACUUCCCUUCACUGCUGGCCCGAAUAUUCUAUUCAGUUUCCAGAUUCAAGUAGUAGUGCCGCAUUUAAAAAUCAAUGAAUGGCGUUCGACCCGUUCAACAGGACGCCAGCCAUGGGGAAAAGAAGAAGAGGAACUACAAGCUUCUGGUGGAUCCAGCGAUGAAAAAAGGGGCCGUGAAAGUCUACAGAUACGAUGGAGUCGUUCCUGGGCAAGAGAACCUGUACCCACCAGUUCAAGUUCGAGAUCCGAGGUCCCGUCUCACUUUGCUGUGGGCGAGAACUGAAGUGGCAGAUCUGCCAGUUCCUAAGUUCAAGAUUGAUGAGCACUAUGUGGGAGUACCACCGCCACUGGAGGUGACCCUGACCAACCUCAAUGACAACAUUGGCAAGGCGUUCCUGGACGACCUACUCAAGAAGUUUGGGCAGAUAGACGAGUCUGUCGUCUACUACCAUGCGCGUACACGGAAGCAUCUGGGCUUGGCUCGCGUCAUCUUUUCGACCACAAAAUCUGCCCGCUACUGUGUCGAGAAGAUGCAUCUUUCCUCAGUCAUGGGAAACAUCCUCAAUGUUUUCCUUGAUCCUUUUGGUCGAGAGUGCCAGCGGCUCUACGAGGAGAUGUCGUCGGACCGUCCCAAGUUUUCCGAGCCAACACCUUAUGUUCCUGAUCCCCCUCCCCCUCCAUCGCAGAUUUUGCCAACGCCACCACCUGCGACACGAGUACACCAUCCAUCUCCAGCUCCUCCCCCACCUGCCGACUAUGGCUACUCCAACCACUCUGAUUAUGGCUCGGGAUCAUAUCGUUCUAACCAGUCAACCCCAUUGAGUUAUGACAGUGGCUAUUCUUACUGCUCGUCAUCUCAGUAUGCAGCACCCUCUCAUUCUUGGGAAGUGAAUCACUCCGGAACAUCUUGGGGGGCUGAUGGAAUGGCCUGGCAGCAAGGGUCCGCAUGGGACCCCCAUGCCGAUGCCAUUCCCCCGCCCAAGCAAAGUCCGGCUCGUGAGAGCCUUGACACACGCAUAGAGCUGCUGUUGAAGCAGACGGAGGGCAGAGGUGGAUUUCUGGAUGCUGGUGGGCCGCCAUUUGGAAGUCCGCCUUUCGGGGAAAGCCCGGCUCCUCAGCAGAGUUCUCCAGUGCUCUCCACGGCGCAAAGCUCCGAUGGACUGGCAGGAGUUCCCCUCCCACCACUGCCUCCAGACUCGUCUCCUCUGCCACCGCUGCCAGAGAGGGAUGAACUUCCGCCUCCACCGCCUGAGGAAGAAGAUGAAGUUAUGGAGCUGCUGUCGACCCCACCUUCGCCGUUCAUAUCGCAGCACGAGUACCACCACUGGGCUAGAAUAACGAGAGAGGCGAGGACUAGGGACCUCUCGGACUCUGAGCUCGAUGAUCGGCGUGCCGAUAUGACUAUGCAGUCAAAUGAUGAAACCAACCAGUCAGUGCCAAGCACGCGAGACUCCACACCUGUCCAUGACGAACUGCCAGAGCCACCACCAGAAGAGGAAAACGUGACCGGAAACCAGGUUGAUGAUGACGAUGACGAUCGCAUGUCACUCUCAUCGCUAAGCAGUGGUGAAGAGAAACUGCAAGUGAAUGCUCCACUGCCCGAACCGCCCGCUCCCACCGUGUAUCUCACCCAGGAGGCUACUGCAAGCUCGGCUGCAGUGGCGUACCAGGCCACACCGGGAACGUCUUCGAUGUACGCACCAGUCUCCGUCUACCCGAGCGCGCACCCCAUGUAUCCGAGUCAGGAGGUGCAGAUGAUGGCGCAGAUGGGUAUCUGGAAGCCUGGCAUGGGAUCGGGUGUCCAGUCACUGUCUCCACACCCACAGCAGCCACAGCCGCCACUUCCGCCAUCGCCGAUUCGUUCAGGGUCGGCCUAUGGCUACCACAACAGCACUUCGACACCUACAGCAGCCACGGUGCACCCACCUCCGCACUUGCCUGCCUACAAUCCACUCUACCCUCCGCCACCGCUGCCCCGCUACAGCCCAGCAUCGGUGCAUUCCCAUCACUAUGCACCUCACUACUACCCAUCGGCAUCUACACCACCACAGUACGGGCAUGCCGACUAUUCGGCAGCCCGGAUGCCACCUUCACCUUACAAAUGGUACAACACUAUGGUGCCGGUGCCUCGUGUUGGAGUUGCUAGGGCAAACAGCCCACCCAUGCCUCCAGGCACCAUGAGUACUGACCCCAAUGCACCGACUGUUCGUGCCGUGUUAGACGCCCUAGUGGUGGAACUGAGGGAAAUUGUGAAGCGGGACAUAUGUAAGCGCAUGGUGGAAAGCUACGCAUUCAAGCGCUUCGAAGUCUGGUGGGACGAGCAGGUUUCAGCUGCAUCUAAGUCAAAGACUUCAGAAGCUACGAAAAAUGAUGCAACCAGCAGUCAAACUGUGUCGUCAUUAUCAUCUCUCUUUGACGGUGCAAGAAGCGAAUCUGGCUUCUCCAUUGGUGAAAGUUUCAGUUCCGGUUUUGGGUUUGGUCUUCGAGCAGCCAUGCCAAGAAUGCCAUCGUUCAGGAGAAUACGAAAACCACCAUCACCACCACCGCUUGAUGAUGAAGAUAGCAAAAAGCCCGACGAUUCAGAUUUGGAGUAUGAGGAAAUCUCGGAUUCUGAUACUGAUUCGCUGAGACAACGAAGAGUAUCUCCACUUAUUGAAGAGGAACAAAGUACUCAGGAGAGCGACAGUGACAAGGCAGAUUCUGAUUCAGAUUCAGAGUCUGAGGAGAGCUCAGAGUCCGAAAGCAGUUCAGAUGGGGAAGACGACGAAGUGUCCUCUUCAUCGUCGGAGUCUGCGGAAUCAGAUUCUGAGUCUGAAGUUGAGAAGAACGAGAAGGCUGCCAGCAGUGACGAAGAGCUUAUACCGUCCAAACCAACGGGAAAGGGAUCCCGGAUUCUUUUGGAGUUGUCUGCAUCCGACAUAUCGGAAGAUGAUGAACCUUUAUUGGGCACAGGCAUCGUACAGCAAAGUAAGGAACCACAAGAGCAGCGAACGACACCUGCUGUAGAGGCUUUGCCAUCGUCUGCAGUCGAAGAAGACAUGAAAAAUGAAACAUCCGAUCUUGAAGACAUUGAGCUCCCGCCCACUCCUUUGUUCGACGAACGGGAAGAAGAGGAUGAAGAGCCGGUGUUCUCGGCUCAAGAGGUUGAGCGAAGUGACACAGACACGGCAGAGGAAGCCAAGGUGGCUGCAGGCGUUGCCGAAGAGGCACCAGCCGAAGAUGUCAAGAGCAGCAGUCCCCAAGAGGCACCACCUUGCAACUUGGAGUACGAAGCAUCCGAAGCACUCAUGGCCCUCGCCUCUAGCUUUGCCCCUUCUGACACAGCUGAUGCAAAGGCAGACGCAGCAAAGAAGCCUGUGUCCCCGCCACCGGUGAAAGCAGAGAAGGAAAGAGAACAGCCCCUCCUCGUCAAUGGCGACGCUGCCAAGGCAGUGCCGGUGAAGAAGAAUGACGUUGUCCAAGGAAUGGAGCAGAUGGAUGAGGCUGAAGAUUCCACAUCCACCUACCUCAUUUCGGACCACUGCUACUGCCUGCCCCAGCAAGCCACUGAAGCCAAGGCAGAAGUAGCUGUUAGUGACCAUGUGUAUGCCUCGGCGCCUCCACCGGUUCCCCCACCUGCAGCCCCCGCGGCUACAACCCCCAUGGAACAGCGGUUGUCAACACCACCUCCAGCUGUGCCACCUCCGCCCACAAGAACGAAGCCGAGAAAAAAGCGGAAGACCAAGGAUGAGUCCAUCUGCGAUCAGCUCAUGUUUGACAUGCCCCUUGAGCCAAUUGCCAAGCUGUCUCGAGAGGUGGCGUUUGCUCGACGCAGUGUGGUGGAGGAGAUGAACAUCCUCUAUGAGUUCCUCAGCACAGGAGCGGACUUGGAGGACGUUCAGUACCUCAAGCGCAGCUACGAUGCCAUGCUACAGGACGAAGUGCAAGGAUACUGGCUCAAUGACACGCACUGGGUCGACCAUCCGCCAACCAACAUACCAAACCCGAGCAAGAAGAAGAAGAAGGACGAGGCCAGAGUGCACGUGACGGGCUGUGCCCGCAGUGAGGGUUACUACAAGAUGGAUGUCAAGGAGAAAGCGCGCUUCAAGCAGUCAGGCAGCGCCGUGCCUCAGCUGGAAACACAGGACCCAGCAAGCAAAGCCCGUCUUGCUGCCCAAUCGAGCAGGGAAGCACGGUCAAACCAGAGGAGGUUACUGACAUCUUUUGGAGAAGCCGAAGUGAUUAGCGACUUGCUCAAAUUCAACCAGCUGAAGUUCCGCAAGAAGCAGCUUAAGUUUGCCAAGAGUCGCAUCCACGACUGGGGCCUGUUUGCCCUGGAGCCGAUCGCAGCCGACGAGAUGGUGAUCGAGUAUGUGGGCCAGAUGGUGCGUCCCAUCAUGGCCGAUCGGCGGGAGCAGUUCUACACGCAGAUUGGCAUCGGCAGCUCGUACCUCUUCCGAGUAGAUGUCGAAACCAUCAUCGACGCCACCAAAUGCGGCAACUUGGCCCGGUUCAUCAACCACAGCUGCAAUCCAAACUGCUAUGCCAAGGUGAUAACAGUGGAAGGGCAGAAGAAGAUCGUCAUCUAUUCAAAGCAGCCCAUCAACGUCAACGAGGAGAUCACCUAUGACUACAAGUUCCCACUCGAGGACGAAAAAAUUGUGUGUCUGUGUGGAGCACCGCAGUGCAGGGGUUUCUUGAACUGAGCUCUCAUCGGUGGUGUAGUCACCUUGUACAGUGUACAGCUCGUAUCUCAUCAUCAUUGCCGUCAUCUUCAUCUCCGUACUGGUUGUGUUGUGAAGGGGGAGGCCUAUGGAGCAGUGCAGGAAUUCAUGUUCCAGAGUCUUCGCAAAACCUUUUUCCGGUGUUGGCAUUGUAUAGUCCCCUCUUGCCACACACACACACGCACAUACAUCAUAGUGUACAUAAGAGAAAGUCAUAUUGUGAUGCAUUAAUGCCUGCCUUGUUUUUUUUUUCUGUUAUUUCCUAUGUACAUUGGUUAAACUCUACACACUUGUAAUAAACGGAAUGAUGCACUUUGUACAA